UUUUUGGACAAAAGAAAGUGUAUUCCUUUGUGGCAUUUUUUCAAACAGAUUCGAUUCAAUCCAGCAUUAGAAUCCAAUGAUCACAAGUUUAUAACCCCACGACUCCAAAUUGCUGCACACACACACUCUCUGUUUUCCUAUGCUUUUCUGGUAAUUAGGCCUUUUUGAUUGUUGUGCUGCAAAAGAAAAGUUGUGUUUUUUGGUUAAGGGAUUUUGAGAUUAUUGUAGAUAGUUGACUUUUGAUUGAUGGGUGGAAAGAGUUCAAGAGAGGAUAGUUGGAGGCAAACAUCAUCAACUAGAUCUUCUUGGAGUCAAUACGAUUAUCCUCCUCAAACAUCAUCUUAUCCUCCUCAAGAUAGUCAUAGCUAUUCACCCCAUCAGCAAGCUGUUCCUUCCUAUGCACCUCCACCACCUCAGCAGAGUUAUCCUCCACCAACCCCACAGAAUUAUGCUCCACAUGAUCAUGUAGCUCGGCCUCAUGCUCCACGACCGAGGCUUGAUCGUAGAUACUCAAGGAUUGCUGACAAUUAUAAUUCCCUGGAUGAGGUGACUGAAGCCCUUUCACGAGCUGGCUUGGAGUCUUCGAAUCUAAUUGUUGGUAUCGAUUUCACCAAGAGCAACGAAUGGACAGGUAAGAGGUCUUUUGGUGGUCGGAGCCUACAUCACGUUGGGCAGAAUUUGAACCCAUAUGAGCAAGCAAUUUCUAUAAUUGGAAAAACCUUGGCGGUAUUUGAUGAGGAUAACUUGAUUCCAUGUUAUGGAUUCGGAGAUGCAUCAACUCAUGAUCAAGAUGUAUUCAGUUUCUUUCCCGAUGAAAGAUUUUGUAAUGGUUUUGAGGAAGUUCUGUCUCGUUACAGAGAAAUUGCCCCCCAGCUGAAGCUUGCAGGACCAACAUCAUUUGCGCCGGUCAUUGAAAUGGCCAUGACAAUAGUUGAGCAGAGUGGAGGCCAGUACCAUGUUCUAUUAAUCAUUGCGGAUGGACAGGUAACUAGAAGUGUUGAUACUGGACGUGGACAAUUAAGUCCGCAGGAGCAAAAAACAGUUGAUGCAAUCGUACAAGCAAGCAAGUUUCCCUUGUCAAUUAUACUGGUUGGGGUUGGCGAUGGACCCUGGGAUAUGAUGAGGGAAUUCGAUGAUAAUAUUCCUGCUCGGGACUUUGAUAAUUUCCAGUUUGUCAACUUCACGGAUAUCAUGGCCAAAAAUGUGCCUCAAGCUCGAAAGGAGACGGAGUUUGCUCUUUCGGCGUUGAUGGAAAUCCCUUCACAAUAUAAAGCGACUAUGGAACUUAACUUAUUGGGCGGACAAAGUGGAAAAUCUCCAAGUAGGGUAGCUCUUCCCCCUCCCAUGUAUGGGGCAACUUCUGUUGGUUAUUCAAAGCCCUCACGUGCAACGAGUUUUCAGCAGCCUCCAAGCUCUUAUUACGGUUAUGGAAGCCCUUCAGAUGCAGCUCCACAUUUUCAGCAGAGUUCAAGUUCUUAUUAUGAUCCCGCUCGCCCAGUUGACCCUGUUCCAUCUGCUCCUAGCUCUCCCUACAAUGCUCCCAGCUCUACAUUCGACAAUCAGGUUUGCCCUGUUUGCCUUACUAAUCCAAAAGACAUGGCGUUUGGCUGUGGGCAUCAGACAUGUUGUGACUGCGGGAGAGCGCUUGAGAAUUGCCCAAUAUGUCGAAGUGCAAUUCAAACCCGAAUAAAGCUUUAUUGAGCGACUUGUUUUGCCCUGUGUAUUCCUUUUGCUACUCAAACCUGCAAUUCUUUUUGAUCAGUUUGGAUGUGAAACUUGGUGAUGAAGCUGAUUUUUUCAUUUGUUGGAUAUAGCUUUGGCGUUGCGCCGACAGGAUUUCCUUCCUUCUGUACAUGAUUUGGUUCUUGUUUGUCUAUACUUUUGCCAAUUACUACCAACAGGAGAAGCUUAAGAUUCCUAAUAUCAGAAUAUUUGUAAAUCAACUGUUUAUUGUCACAUGCAGUGUCCUAUAAGAGUCUUGCCACUA